CAUCCCAUCUUUUCUGUAAUAUUCAGCAGGAACAUGAAAACCACAAAUCAAACAAGUGUUUCUGAAUUCACUCUUCUGGGACUGACAGAUGAUCCAGAAAUGCAGCCACUCAUCUUCAGCCUGUUUCUGUCCAUGUACAUGGUCACCAUCGUGGGGAACCUUCUCAUCAUCCUGGCUGUCAGCUCUGACUCCCAUCUCCACACCCCCAUGUACUUCUUCCUCUCUGGUCUGUCCUUCACUGACAUCUUUAUAAGCACCACCACGAUCCCAAAGAUGCUGAUGAAUAUCCAAGUCCAGACACACAACAUCACUUACACAGGAUGCCUCUCCCAGGUCUGCUUUGUCUUAAUUUUUGGUGGUUUAGAAAGUUGUGUCCUUGCAGUGAUGGCCUAUGAUCGCUAUGUGGCCAUUUGUCACCCUCUGAGGUACACAGUCAUCAUGAACCCCUGUUUCUGUAGACUGCUCAUUCUACUCUCCAUACUCAUUACUACUGCAAAUGCCCUACUCCACAGUCUGAUGUUACUGAGGCUGUCCUUUUGUAGAGACCUGGAAAUUCCCCACUUCUUUUGUGAACUUGUUCAGGUCAUGAAGAUGGCCUGUUCUGAUACCUUUGUUAAUAACCUCCUUAUAUACACAGUUACUAGUGUAUUUGCUGGUGUUCCUCUUUCUGGGAUUAUUUUUUCAUAUAUUCAAAUUAUUUCCUCUAUUUUGAGGAUUCCAACUGUAGGAGGAAGAUAUAAAGCUUUUUCCACCUGUGGGUCUCACCUCUCAGUAGUGUCCUUAUUCUAUGGAACAGCUUUUGGAGUGUACAUGAGUUCUGCAGUUACUGACUCUUCCACCAAAAACAUUGUGGCUUCAAUGAUGUAUAUUGUGGUUCCUCAAAUGCUAAACCCAUUUAUCUACAGUUUGAGGAACAAGGAAAUGAAGGGAGCCUUGUGUCAUCUCAUCCUCAGGCUGUGA